AUGGUAUCCGUGAAGAAAUUUGCUAGAUGGCUGAGGGCUAUAUGCACGAUUCUCUUAUCCCGGAACGCGCCCGCUGACAGAUUGAAAGCAAUUGGUUACGUCGAGCAGGCAGUGACAGUAUUGGAGACUCAAGAGCACGAUGAAAGCUCCGAAAUCGAGGCCUAUCCGGCGGACGAGCGCCAGUGGCUCCUUGCCACCACGUACAAUACUGGUAUCGAGUGCUUACACGCAUCGCUAUUGGACGAGGCCAAGCGAUGGUUUGAAGCAUCCACCGUCAUUUGUCGAUAUGUGCCCGAUGGUGAACAGCGUGCGGAGAAGAUUUCUGCAACGUAUACGCACUUGCUGUCUCGAUACGCCUCGGAUUCUUAG